AUGAAUAAAUUUGAGAAGACAUACACUCCUGUAAGAAAAAUGACACCUCAUGAGAAUUACAGAAAGAAUAUAGGUGAGUUCAAUAAAAAGGUGACGAAAAAAGCUGAGCAUAUUGAUUCUAAAGAUUCUCAUAGUUCUGAGCUCAAAGAAGGAGUUGAAAUCAUGAAGUACACAUUUGGGCUUUUAUGUUUGCUUUUACGAUAUACAUAAAAAUGGUGACGACAGACCAACCCGACCUCUCGACCCUAUUUCUUCAACACCUGCAGGCAACGGCCCAGUAUCGAGGAUUUAGGUGAAAAGGGGCCGGUAAUCCUUUAUGUAUAGUUGGGCUGGGUUUUCCUCGGGCCCAGGGAGCUAAUCCCUGGACUUAGAGUUUUUCCUCCGGUGCAACCAUUGGAAAGGGCAAGGUCGGCCAAUGUCUGGAGGGCAAUAUGACCCUCAGAACCUGAAGACGGUAUUGCCUAACGAGAAACUGGGAGUUUCGACCCAGGUGGUUGGCCCUUAGACUCCAGGAGCCAUGAAGUCAAGACUGGUGCGCGAAUACCUCGUUUGCCGAAACGUGGAAGGGUGUCCGCCGGGAUCCCUCAGGGAUGAUGAGCGUUUAGGGGUGGAAAUCCCCGCCCUUGCGAAAGCGAAUGACACAAUCUAAUUUAAUCUAAUCUAGUGUUUGCUUUUACUCUUAAUGGUCUUUUAUCUAUUCUUCAACAAUCUAUCUUAA